CUCCAGCACAACUCCUCCCUACACAAUGCACACAGGGGGGUCGACGACCUCAUCGGAUCAGGCAGUUCUAUCAUGGCCAGCCUGCAGGGACAGAGGAGCACACUCAAGGGAGCUCACAAGAAGAUGCUGGAUGUCGCCAACAUGCUGGGAAUGUCCAACACAGUCAUGCGGCUCAUCGAGAAGAGAACCUUCUACGACAGAUUCAUCCUGUUUGGCGGGAUGAUAGUCACAGGUGUCAUCAUGUACCUGGCCUUUCAGUACCUCACGUAACACACCUAUUGUCUGAUGUAACGCACCUGUAAAGCCUGUAACACACCUGUCGUCUGAUGUAACACACCUGUCGUCUGAUGUAACACACCUGUCGUCUGAUGUAACACACCUGUCGUCUGAUGUAAAACACCUGUUGUCUUACGUAACACACCAGUCGUCUUUCUCACGUCACACCUGUCAUCUUACACACGUAACACAUCUGUAAAUGUCUAAUUGAAGCCCCUGUCACUUGACCUUCUCCAAACGAUUGUUGUGAUUCCUUGAUUCACGUACAAUAGCCAACCAUGACCUCCCAACCUUCUCAGACCAUGGUUAAGAGUUAUAGUAAAGACAUGAGUUAGGUCAUCUGUGGUUGGGAGUUAGUGGGCUAUUCUGUAAAAGCUGUCUGUGCCAACUGACUAUGACUUUUGGCAAAUCAAACUCAAUAAAGUCAUAUUCUUCUUAGAUACAAUCAGAACAGCAAAACUGCAGCUAGAAUAGGACGGAUUCCACCCUUGGUCGGGAAGUGGUUGGGAGCUGUUAAAAGUGAUGGGAAGGUCCUUCAUGUGUGGCAGGGACUUGAAACACUCCUCCUUCUGCCAGGUACACUCUUCUUUGAACAACAGCCAUGUCCUACCCUUUCCAUUGGUUAAGAUCACCAGUCGUUACAUGCAUGGUCGUGUACAUUGUAUGAACCUAUCUGCAAUAUCAAAUCCUGUACAUUUUACUGUAUAAUCAAAUAAACUAACUAUAUUAUUACAUGUAUCCAGAUAAAUUUAUGCCAAUAUAAAUAGUGUACAUAUUGUUGUUCAUUAAUC